AUGCAGCAGCUGGACUGGAUAGAAACAGAAAAGAUGGAAGAAGAACGUCACAGUUUGGAGAAGUCUCUGCACGACAAAGAGGUGGAGUUUGAGAGUGAGCGGAGAAAGCUCAAAGAGGAACUGGAACAACCCCACGACAAACUGAAACAGCAGGAACUUUCACACGAGACGUUCUUACAGGAACACCUGGAGGAACUCAGGGUUUUCAACAAGUUCUUAGAGGAGGAAGUGGCCGUUCGCAAGAGUUUGGAGAAACAAAUAGAGAUUUCUAACCAGAGAAAGACGUGCACGUGUGAAAUGCAGACGCAAACUGUGGAGCAGACUAAGCUUAAAAUAAGUGAGGAUUUAGACACGAGAGAAACCAGUGACGACCAACCUUUAGACAAAACUCUAGAACAAAAGCUAACUGAGAAGGAAAGUGAUCUUAAGAAGAUUGAGGUCCUCGAACUCCAACUGCAGGAGUUUGAAGACAUAAAGGAGGAGUAUGUUUGGGCUGUCAACCAAAACCAAAGUCUGGAGAUGAAGUUGGAACAGACGAAACAGAACUUGGUAAAUACUGAGCAAGACCUGAAGGAAGAACGUAGAAAACGGGAGAUAGAAAGUGAGAAGUGGGAGAUGGAGACCAGAGAGUUGGAGAGAGAGCUUCAGCUUUGCCAGAGUCGUCUUAAACAAAGAAGUGAGGAUUUAGACGCCAGAGAAACCAGUGAAGACCAACCUUUAGACACCAGAGAAACCAGUGAAGACCAACCUGCUUCGAAGGAAGAAAGCAGAGGGCUCCAGGGAAAUCUAAAAAAUCUGACACAAUUAUUUGAGGAAAAAGAGGAGCAGGACAUGCAGAAGCAGGGAUCCUGUCUGAAGAGGGACGGGGUGAAGGGGAAGAACGUUGCAGCUCUCAUGAAAAUGUUUGAGCAGUAA